AUGUUAUAUUCGAAACAUGCAAUUUUGAUAAUACUACUCUAUUUGACUGGUACAGUGACCCCUUGCAUGCCAGCCAACACUUCCGAGCUCAGAAUUCCAUUCGGACGCUCUGUUCAGGAAGAGAAAGAGCAUAUACGUCGGGCUCCAGAGAAAAAAACGGAGCCCAGUACAAUUAAGAUUACUAUUAAAGAUCAGGAGCAAAUUCGUGCGAAAACGUUUACACAGGUACAGAAAAAUCAUACAGAAGAGAACAGUUCAGAAUUUCAAUUGGAAAAAGAGGAACUAGUCAUAACUCGUAAUACUGUGGUCAAGAACAGCGGCGGUGCUCCAGUUAAUAACUUGGCUCAACAUCGCGCAGCAUUUCAAAGAGCCAAAGCCUUCAGAUCGAAAGAGACCUCAUCUACAUCUACAACAACUACUACGACAAGUAAACCCGCAAGAACAACAACUGAGCCAACCACUUCGACAACGAGUGAGAUCACUACAACCACCUACGAAAACUCAUCCGACGAAGAGCUUGCCACAAGACCCGCUAGAGCUCAAGCUUCUAAGACAGUGAUAGCUGAGAAAGUACAGAAGAAAAAUCAGAAAAACUUGGAUAAGUUUUUUAAUAUAGAGUCUGACAUGUGCAAUAACUGUCCCGAAUUGUUUUUCCCUACAGAUGGGGGAUUACAGAAAGUAUGUAAGAAUUGGCAAGCACUAGAGAAGAAUUUCAACUUGGCGAUGGAUCCCAAAAAACCAAAGGUUGAGAACUUGGAGACCAUAACCACCUGUAGCCGAAAAGUUACUUGUUCUACGCCUCAUGCUAUAUUGAAAUGGCCGAAUUUCUCAAUUUGUGAUAUUUUAAGUGAAGCAGCAUCGGAUUUGUCAUUCACGUUUAAAUGCAACGGAUCUCAUUGGUCUAUGAACGAUUUCCCAAUUGAGGCAGUGUCUUGUGUCAUAAAGACCGAUUAG